CUGAGCUGCUCAUACAAAAUCACCACUCGUCGCCAGGUCGUUUUUACCUUCUGCAACGAGCACAAGAAUGUGGGUGCCUCGCCUCUCAAAAGAAGUGACGAAGGGGUUCGCACGACUCCAGCACACAUGGCACCUUGACACGGCUGCCUACGAAGUGCUGAAGCCGUGGGUCCUCGUCGAGAACCUCAGGGCUCUCGACGCGGUUCGCAUUGCACCGUCCGCGGCCAUGGGAGCCGGCGCCGAGCCUCAGUACCUCGACGUGGGUUGUGGACCGGGAAGCUUUACGAAGGAAACACUGCUGCCCCAUAUGCGACCAGCGUGCCGCCGUAUCGUGGCUGUCGACAGGUGCGAGAAAGCCUUGCACUACGCCAGAGAGAACUUCAGCCACGAACGCAUAGUGUACGACAUCCUGGACAUUGAAUGCCAUGACCCGAAGAGCAUCCUGGAACGAUAUGGUGCCUUCGAUCGUGUUUACUCAUUCCUUACUUUCCACUACGUGGCGGACAUCGCGAAGGCUUACGGCAACAUUUUCAAACUGCUGAAACGUGGAGGCGAGUGCCUGGUGCUCUCCAUCGUUCGAGCGGACGCCAUCGACGUUUGGAAUGAGGCGUACCGGAUGGAAGACUGGAAUCCAUUGAUGAUCAAUCCUACAGAGCUGUUUCCAGGGAUGGUGCAUGGUAGUGAAGUCAUGAGAUCAGCUGUUCAACUUGAGGCCGACACAAGGAACAGUGUUUAUGCUGCUGGUCUCAAAUGUUUAGCCUACCAAAGGUACAAUAGCUGGUGGAUGUUUCGUCGCCUCGAAGACUACCUCGACGCCUUCAUGUCUUCAUUCCGCGUAUACGACGGAGUGCCUCCGGAGAAGCACUCUACUCUCAGGGAUUUAUGGAUCGACCUGCUUCAGAAAAGGACACAUUCCGUUCUCGGAAAAGAAUGCAGCAUUAGAUACACUUUCAGCAUUGUUCACGCGCAGAAGCCACACAAGUGUUGAGAACAGCGUGGAUAAACAUGACUUGAACAUUUCUGCGUGGGGAGUG